AAAAUUGUUAGUCGAUGCUGCGUAACUAGCCCGUGUGGACGUAGUUCGUGGUUGUCCUUGUUAAAGCGAGAAUGGUAAACAACGGGAUGCUCGUGUUGUUGACAGUGGUACUGUUUGCCGUCACUGGAUGUGUUGAAGCUGAGGAAAAGUAUCAAUGUGGGAUUCCCCGAGUGAGAACACAGUUCCUAAUUGUAAAAGGUGAAGAUACACGGCACGGUCACUGGCCUUGGCAUGUGGCCCUGUGGGUGCGCCAGAAGGACGGAACGGACAAAUACGCCUGCGGUGGGACGCUAAUCAGUCAUAAGUUUGUGCUGACGGCGGCUCACUGCGUCCUCAGUGAAAAUCGUCAUCAACUGUUGAGAAGUGCAAAGGACAUUACAGUUUGGGCGGGUGUGUUCAACUUAAGGAACCCGGAAUUGGAUACACGACAGAUUCGUUCCGUUGCCCGGAUUCACAUUAGCGGAUAUACGAGGGACAGUCUGCUGCACGAUAUUGCCCUGUUGGAACUGGCGGAACCGAUGACGUAUUCCGGAUUCGUCCUGCCGGCUUGCCUAAAUUCGAAGCCCAAUUUGCGGACGGAUAUCGGAUCAGUUGUUGGCUGGGGAGUUGCGGAUGAUGAUAAGCCGUCGCCUACUUUGAAGAAACUCUCGCUGCCGGUUGUUGCCGAAUCGGAGUGUUUGAAAAGUGAUCCCAUAAUCUUCGGGGUUGCCCUGCAGAAGGAAUUAUUCUGUGCCGGGUUCGCGAAUGGAUCCGCUCCAUGUAACGGAGAUAGCGGUGGAGGUCUUAUGGUUCAACGGGGUGAUGCAUUCUACCUGGCAGGAAUAGUGUCCUUCACGAAGAUCCGCGGAAGUGGUUCUGACCUUUGUCUAGCAGAUUCCUUCACUGCCUUCACCAAUGUCACAGCUUACUGGGAUUGGAUCGAAAAAAUCACCAACAUCGACUUCCGAGGGAACUACAAUGAAGAGAGAGACAUCCCUUGUACGACACCUACCGGAACACCCGGAACGUGCGUACCACUACAGCAAUGCAUGAAUAUUUUCAACAUGAUUCGAGCUCCUUUGAUAGCUCAGGAGGACGUUUACUACAUUAACCGAUCGGUCUGCAGUAUCGGCGGUAUCCCACGUGCAGUAUGUUGCCAGAAAGAUCAGAUCGAGCCGGUUCCUCUGCAUCCGAAUGCUCUGCUACUUCCGAGCGACUGUGGCCGUUCUAAGGUGCGUACCUAUCCAGGUCGAGGCCAAAGUACGUCGGUAUUCGAGUUUCCCUGGAUGGCAAUGGUGCGUUUCCAGGUGAAGAAAAAUGGAGUGAUACCAUUCUGUCUGGGUACACUGCUGAACACUCGCUACGUUCUGUCCGUGGCCGGUUGUAUGAGCAAGCUGAAGACGGUCAAAGUAGAUCACGUCCGUCUGGGUGAACACACGGAAUCCACGGACAUUGAUUGCAGCUUCGAUGAUCAAGGUCGACGACUUUGCGCCGACUACGUCCUGGAUGUCAAGAUCGAAUCCAUCGUUCGGCAUCCCCAGUUUGAUGUUCCCAUGUACACGAAUGAUCUCGCCAUGGUUCGCAUGGCCGUCGACAUCCAGUAUACAGAUAACAUUCGCCCGAUUUGCCUACCUCUGAACUCACCCUAUCGGACACACGUUCCGGACGACCUACUGGUUACCGCCUGGGACAUGGAUCAGAUGAAGAAAAACAUCUACCAGGGUGAAAUGCGAAGGUAUCCCCACCGGAACAUAGACAUCGACACCUGUACGCGAGCCUUCGAAGCUGUUGGAUUUGCGCCGGCCAUCAACGAUGAUCGAAUAUGUGCGCUACAGCUCGGACCGGAGUAUAACUGCCAGCGAAUGGCAGGUGCCCCGGUCGGAGCAUACGUGGACAUGGACGGCGAACGGUUCGUCCAGUUCGGACUGUGGAAGUUCGCACCACUCAACUGUACCGUUCGGGAAACAGUACCCGGACUGUCCAUGAAGCUCAACCGUUAUCUAGACUGGAUUUUGGACACAAUCAAACCAUCGGAUUCGAGUAUUAUUAAGAGUUCCACCGAUGUCGACCUCGGUUCCGAUGGGUGCCCCCGGUACCCGGCUGCACACGUAAUUCGGUCCGAGCUGCUGAGCACAGAACCGAUCGUCGUCGAACUCCGGAGCGAACCCGGCCUUUUCGAACUGACGCUGGCAGGUGUCCAGAUCGGUGUUCUCCACGAAGUACUUCUGCAGCUCACCGACGUAAUGGUUCGGAGCGUUCAUAUCCAACUCCCAGGCGGGCAUGACCAGACAGAUCGGCCGAAUGUAAUCGUUGUACUCGACCUCUCGGACCAUACGAAGCAGCGCCAGAUCGUUGGUGUACAUCGGCUGAUCGAAGUCCGGAUGGGUGAUGAUGGAUUCGAUUCCGAUGUCAAGAACCGGUCCGGUACAGUCCCGAAGUUCGUAUCCGGUUUUGUGAUCCGUCAGAACGUUGCAAUCACGUUCCGUGGUUUCCGAUUGUUCUCCCAAACGAAUGAAAUCACUCGACUGACCGGGAGGACGCAAAUGGGCCGCAAAAUCAUCAUUCAGUUAUCAAGUGGAGCUAGGCGGCAGCAGUCGCAACAUUUCAAGUGUGCGCUCAAAUUUUUACGCACGGUCAUGAUACGAACGGUGCUGGUCCUGUCGACGGUGGUACUGGGCUAUGCCCUGGGAGCGGAAGUGUUUUCGAACGCGCAGUUCCAGUGCGGAAUACCGAAGCACGCCAAUACCCUGCUGAUUGUGAAUGGCGCGGAUGCCAAAAUCAGCGACUGGCCGUGGCAUGCGGCGAUUCGGCAGCACAGUGGUAAUCAGCCGGAGUAUGUCUGCGGGGGUACGUUGAUCAGCGAGCGGUUUGUGGUGACAGCUGCGCACUGUACGAUUGGAGAGAACCCGAAUAAACUGCCGACGAUGUCGGUUCAGCUGGGGGUGAACGCUGUAGGUUCACCAGAAGGACAAGUCUACAACGUGGAUAAGAUCCAUCGUCAUACUGGUUUCUCGCUGCCGGAUCUGAAGGAUGAUAUUGCGUUGUUGGAGUUGAGUAGUCCCGUAGAGUUCAAUGACUUUGUUCUACCGAUUUGUACCACCAAGAAGACUGCUACGGAGCCGGGUAAGGUAGGUGCGGUCGUUGGUUGGGGAGUUACCGAGAAUGAUAUACCGUCAACUAAGUUGAAGUUGGCUAAGCUUCCGGUGAUCGAUGAGUUAGAGUGCAAGCGUCGGGAACCUGAGUUGUACGGAAGGGUGCUCACGAACAAAGUGUUCUGCGCGGGUUAUACUAACGGAACAUCUGCUUGCAACGGUGAUAGCGGUGGUGGCAUUGUGUUCGAACGUGGCGAUGCUUGGUAUUUAGGUGGAAUAACUUCCUUCACCCGAACCAGAGACGGAUCCAAUCUCUGCUUGACGUCAACGUACGCAGUGUUUACCAAGCUUAGUCCUUAUUUGGAUUGGAUAGCGCAGAUAACGAACAUUGAUUUUAGUGACGAAUACGGCAUUGAAAAGAAAGUUCCCUGUUCAACACCGGCACAAGCGGAUGGAGCCUGUGUUCCCGUUCAACAGUGUAGAAAUAUUUUUGACGCUCUCCGAUCGCCCCUUCUCUCCAAGGAUAUUGCAGCUCAGCUGCGAGAGACGGUUUGUCAACUGCGUGGAAUUCGUCGUAGUGUCUGCUGUAGUCCGGACCAAGUCGAGCGUAUCCCUAUUCACCGGAAUGCGGUACUUUUGCCACUGGAGUGUGGAGUCGCCAAGAGGAGCAAUCCGACUACGACAGCUGUUCGUGCGAAUAUCUUCGAAUUUCCCUGGAUCGCUCUGGUACUUUCUAGUAAGGCUACUCCGCAGAAGAAACCCUUUUGUGUUGGAUCGUUGAUCAAUAAUCGUUACGUAUUAACGGCGGCCAGUUGUUUGAAAUCCAGGGAAAACUCAGAUCUAGACUACGUCCGGCUGGGAGAACACACGUUAGAUGUAGAAAAAGAUUGUGACAUUUACACUGACCCUCGAACCCGCAACAGCGUAGAGGAAUGCGCUCCGCCCCCACUAGACGUUAAGGCAGUUCUACCGUUCAUUAUCCACCCAUUGCAGAACAAGCCCUUCCGCGGUAACGAUGUCGGUUUGAUUCGUCUCGAGCAAAAGGUCGCAUUCACCGAUAACAUUCGACCGAUCUGUUUGCCUGUACGGGAAGACCUGCGAAACACUCUCCCGAAGGACUUCAUUCUAACCAUGCUGGAGACCACGACGAAACAGGAGCUCUAUAAGACCCGGUCCGAGUUCGCCGAAGUCGAGGAAUGCGAAGAGCGCUUCGAGGACUAUGGCUACACUCCAUGGGUGACGGAUAGGAUGUUCUGUGCUCUGGCGAAGGGUCCCAACUUUGUAUGUACACCACACACGGGUGCUCCACUGAUUUCGAUGGUCCCACAAGGUGACACGGUUCGGGCGGUGAUGUACGGCAUGGCGAUGAUGAAUCCGAGCAACUGUACGAUCGCGCAGACCAUCCCGAAGACCUACCAUCGGGUGCCGCUGUACGUGGACUGGAUUCUGGAAAACAUUGCUCCUUAGAUGGUACUUUUUUCUGUAGUAGUGUAAUUGAAAAUAAAAAUAGUAUAGUCAUUCUAAA